UCCUCCCACUGAUGAUGGCCUGUCCCAAACACAAGACAAAAACAAAUCUCACAUACAAAGGGACGUAAAAUCUGCCGUGUGCUUUAUUCCUCUACGCUUCUCUCCACCGGUUAAGCAAAGCCAGGAACGAUAUUAAGGCAACGAUGGUCUCGCCUGUCACUGUGGUCAAAAGUGAAGGCCCGAAGCUUGUGCCGUUCUUCAAAGCCACCUGCGUCUACUUUGUUCUGUGGCUGCCCACCUCGAGCCCCUCCUGGUUUAGUGCCCUCAUCAAAUGUCUGCCCAUCUUUUGUCUCUGGGUUUUCCUGCUAGCCCAUGGCAUCAGCUUUUUAGGUGCCCACUCAAGUGCCAGGAAAAUCCUGGCAGGACUUAUAUUUUCAGCUUUGGGUGACGCAUUUCUCAUCUGGCAAGAGCAAGGCUACUUUAGUCACGGACUGCUAAUGUUCGCCAUCACCCACAUUCUCUACUCUUCGGCUUUCGGGAUGAAGCCCCUAAACUUCAGAGCAGGUUUGAUCAUUUCCGUCAUCACGGCCCUUAGUUACAGUCUCCUCUACCCCUACCUCUCCGGUCCUUUUACCUACUUGGUGGCCGUUUACACCGCCCUCAUCGGAUUCAUGGGCUGGCGGGCCAUCGCCGGCGUCCAGCUCGCCAACGACCUCUGGACCUGGACGAAACUUUCGGCGUGUCUGGGAGCCGUCCUCUUCAUGGUGUCCGACCUCACCAUUGCCGUCAACAAGUUCUGUUUCCCCGUGCCUCAUUCCCGACUCAUCAUAAUGGCGACCUACUACGCGGCACAGAUGUUGAUCGCUCUGUCAGCCGUUGAAUGCCAAGAUGCUGACGUGUCUUGGAAAAGAGCCUGAGGAACCGCAUCUUAAACAAUCUUUUCCACAGCCGCUGCAAAGGUUCAAAUCCCACUUGCUGAAUCUUCUGGUCCAUCUUUGGUUGAGAAUUUGCGAUUUUAAGGCGAUGCAAGGCCUGGAUUUAACGUCUUUGCUUCAGGUAUUAUUGUUACAACCAUGGCUUCUUGGCACCCUGGGAUUUGUUGUGCACUUAUGACCUGAGAACAAGAGCCUGGAGUGAUUUGGGAUAUCUGGAUGCUACUUUCAGGCCUACGGGAUGGACCAGAUAAGGAUAAAUACAAGGUGGUUCAGGGUUUGCAUUGCAGGCUCACCUUAGAUGUACCAGACCAACAUUUUAGUGUAACUAGUGCUGCUGUACCGAUAAUCAAUGCACAGGUCUUGAUGUGUCAUUUCAAAGUCUCAAUUUUAUUAUGUUACUUGAGUUCAUAUACAAAACGUCCACGCCUACAUGAGUAAACAUGCUGGCUUCAAAUAGUCCAUCACGCCCAACAGACUGCAUCAAGUGGUGGCCUCUUUUCUUUGCGAGAUGUGACCAAAACUGAUACGACGAAUCUUUUAUUCAAAAGGAUUGAAGUCUUGCUUUCUUAGGAGGAAAUUUGAGGACAUUGUCUGUUAUCUUUCUCUUAGGUUUCCGCUAAGUCAGCAGCAUUGUGCAAUAGUUCAUUAGGAAACCGCAAAUAAGUAUUACCUUUACUGAUUAUUUUGUAUGUACAGUAUCAUAUAUUGUUUUUUAGGGUGUGAUGUCAGGUCAUACAUGUGUACCGAGCUUCCAACCACUUUCAAUUGCCAGUAGGAGGUAUCUUAGUAAAGGGAAAUGGGGAAACACCACACUGGGAAAAACAACAUCUGCGUUAAACUUGACUUUGGGAAUGGAGAGAAAUGGAGAUCUCAUUUCAUUCACAUUUCCACCUGAAAAUGUGUUAACGUUUCAGAGCAAUGUUUUUUCAACAGUUUUGUAAUUCUCGCGACAUCAUGUCCAGUUCAUAUUUCUCCACAAAAUCAGAAGAAAAAUAAUAUCGGUAUGAUUUACAUAAAGAUAAAAAUAUAGGUUUUUUUUGCAUCAUGACAUUAAACAUAUAAGUAUGUUUACGUAAUUUUUUUAAAUAUAAAUAUACUAAAACAGUAUUUUUAAUACAAUAUAUAACUUUCUCAAUAAUUUCUUUCGAUUUUGGGGUGAAAUAUGACAUUACUUAAAUGGCUUUGUAAAAUUCGCAAGUUUAGUCAAAUAGCGUGUACUGAUCACCAUUUUGUUCUGUAGUUCUUAAUAAGGGAUGAUCAUCUGAUCUUUCGCUAACGGUAAAUUAAGAAAAUCAGCUUGGAUGGAAACUCUACCUGAUGUGAUACCUGUAUGUACUCAGCUGCUGUACCUUUAUAUGUUAGUGGAAACAAGUGAAGGCAAACACAGCUGAACACCUAAGCUGUUAUUAAAACGAUACAGCAGGCAAAACAUAACUGUGACGCACAUAAGACAACAUCUUGUGGUGGAUUGGCUUUUAUUGAACACUAGUUGGGACAGAAUGCAUUAUUUAUCGGAAGCGAACGCUACACUGUUAAAAGCGAAAGUUGGAUUAAGUGUAAAAAUUAAUUUAAUUGGUAACACCUAAUUAAUUUAAUUUAUUUCAGCUGAAAUAUUCUCACUUUAGGUGAAAAUUUUAAAUCGAAAAGUGUUUUUUUUUUCACCUGAAAUCUUUCACUUAAAUGGACACUCCACUUUUUUGAAAAUAUGCUCAUUUUCCAGCUCUCCUAGAGUUAAACAUUAGAUUUUUACCGUUUUGGAAUCCAUUCAGCUGAUCUCCGGGUCUGGCGGUAACACUUUUAGCAUAGCUUAGCAUAAUCCAUUGAAUCUGAUUAGACCAUUAGCAUCGCGCUAACAAAUACCCAAAGAAAUUUGAAAAUUUUGACUCUUCUGUAGUUACAUCGUAUACUAAGACGGCAAUGUCUUACUUUCAAUAGCAGGGGACUAUUUUCGGUCAGUGCGUAAUAUCACUACGCCUGCUGCAGCCAUGUUACGGCAGCAAAGUCCUUGAUUAUUACCUCAGAAUGAGAGUAUAGUUCUUAGACAUAUCUGCCUAGAAAAUCACAACUUUUAAUUUUCCGUCUGUCUUUGUACACGAUGUAACUACAGAAGAGUCAAGUUUUAAAUAUGAAAAAUAUCAAAACUCUUUGGUUAUUUUUUGCGCAAUGCUAAUGGUCUAAUCAGAUUCAAUGGAUUAUGC